GUGUGCUCUCCCCUUCUCCUGUUGUAUUCCUUUCCCAAUAUCUACUGGCUAUUUUUUCCUCCUAGUGGUCGUGAACCUUUUCUCGAUAUUCAUGUAGAGAGCUAUUCUUCUAAUCUGAAACCCUACAGUACCGCUAUAGUGGCGGCAACGCCAACGGCACUCCUCUACGGCCCAAAACUGCAGAAACGAAGCAAUGGGAUCUGACCACCACUGACGCACUUGGGAGAACAAUAUCAGGCGCCUCGAGUUCACUUUCACCCGUUACACCCACACCAGCGACCCCAAUGGAUGCCACUCGAGGUUCCAUAUCGAGCGCCUCGACGCAGAGCACCAAAGACGAUUCCACCGCACUGAGCAACCCCUUCGUGCUCCGCCAUGGUCGACGUUACCUCCGUGACCUGCCCUACCCCCUCCCAUGCGAUCUGCCUGAGCUCCAGAGGCAAAAUCUCCACUCACUCCUCGCGAGCUCCGCCUUCGGUCGAGCCUUAGGAUCCACGCCAGACCCCCAUGAUCCACCAAAGAAGGUGCUUGAGUUUGGCUGUGGGAGUGGAUAUUGGUCGUCCCUGUGCCACGAUUAUUUAAGCUCCAAGGGUAUCGAGAACGUUUCAUUCACAGGCUUGGAUGUCGUCCCGCUGGCUGGAGACUUGAGGAGACAAGGAAUAGAUUGGAAAUUCGUACAGCAUGAUCUCCGCAAGGUGCCGCUUCCGUUCGACGACGGAGAGUUCGACCUUGUGAUCAUGAAGGACAUGAGCAUGGUCGUACCACAUGGUACUCCGUCACAGAGAGUGCUGGAUGAAGCCCUUCGGAUCCUCAGGUCUGGGGGAACAUUAGAGAUAUGGGACGCGGACCAUAUCAUCCGGUCGAUUUUGCCCCACCCACCCCCACCGCCGGGGAAGAAUCCAGAAGAAUAUCACUGCGCAGUGUCAACGGGCACUUUCCUGAUAUCACCUAUAACACCGUUCACCGAGGUUCACAACAAGUACUUACAAGAUUCGAACAAUUGGAUUCAGGAGGCUUUGGACAAGAGGAAGUUGGAGGCUACACCGUGUGCGCGAGUGUCUCAGAUGUUGUUGCAAGAAACGGAGGCUCUAUGCAAUGUCGAGAACCGCAGGGUUGCAAUCCCUCUUGGAGAACUCCGUUGGGAGAGGGAGAAUGUUCCGGAAAGAAAUCCUGUACAACGCCGGAGCAGCGAGGCAGCGAAGAGCAAGAAGGUUGGAUUGGCUGAAGGUUCCGCGCUCACAGAAGAGCAAGCAGCUCUACGGUACACAGCACUGCUGGUGGUGAUCCAGAUGAUCGAGAGUCUAGAACCAUUGUGUUUCAAUCUUGAUACCCCAUGGGGAACGGCCGACGUUGUAAGACUUUGUCUCAUUUUGAGGACAUCAAUCUCUAAAAUUUAUCAUAUCUAUGGCGUAGCGUGCGAUAACGCUUCAAGUAAUACAGUGCUUCGAUUUCUUUUUUCACAAAUUCGGCUCGUUCGAUACCCUUCUGGAUUUCUGCCUCGUUGGAUACAUUCUGCUGGCUGGAGAAUGCCUUGUGGAGGCGGGUUCUAAAAUAAUCAUAUCCAAGGGGAUAUUCUCGACCAAGGAACAGCAGCUCCUUGUAAAUGCGGAGAACAGCAAACCGCAGCUCGGUGUUGGUUGAAGCCAUAUUGACCUUACGGUACGGGUGUCGCUCGUGUGUAACUUGCAGAACAAUUGUUGUUGCUUCUGAUCACUACUCUUUCAAUAAUAUCUUCCUUGUCCGGAUGAGUACCUAGACUGUUGAUAUCGAUGUUGUGAGAUACGCUUGGCUGAUCAAUACCAGAUCUUGU